AUGAGAUUACGAUUUGCUGCGGAAUUUGAAUUGAAGGUUUUUGGUGAAUCAGGAGACGACCUGCCUGCUGCUUUCACGACUCAGCCUGCAGCAGUCGCUGCUGUGGGCUCACGCGGUGAUGUACCGCGUGGCCUUGAAGAUUACCGUAUUGAGCGCUUGUACUCUGGCAAGUCGGAUGGUGAUACAGACUCGACAAAGACAGACGCAAAGACAGAGCCAUAG